AUGGCCACCAUUUGGCCUCGACUAUUGUAUGCCUUGGCAUUAUGCUUGGUAGCUACUAAUGUAGCUGCUGAUCAAGACAAACUUCACCAGUAUUCAUCACCAGCACCUGCACCAUAUUAUCCUCCCCACUAUUACUACAAAUCUCCACCACCUCCAUCACCAUCACCACCUCCACCUUAUGUUUACGUAUCUCCACCCCCACCAUCUCCAUCACCCCCUCCACCAUAUGUUUACAAAUCUCCACCACCUCCGUCACCAUCACCCCCUCCCCCAUACAUGUAUAAGUCUCCUCCUCCACCGUCUCCUUCACCACCCCCUCCUUACGUCUACAAGUCUCCACCACCUCCAUCACCAUCUCCUCCUCCACCUUAUGUAUACAAAUCUCCACCUCCUCCAUCUCCCUCACCCCCUCCCCCAUACAUUUAUAAGUCUCCACCUCCACCAUCUCCUUCACCACCCCCUCCUUAUGUUUACAUGUCCCCACCACCUCCAUAUAUGUACAAAUCUCCACCUCCUCCAUCUCCCUCACCCCCUCCCCCAUACAUGUAUAAGUCUCCUCCUCCACCAUUUCCUUCACCACCCCCUCCCUAUGUCUACAAGUCCCCACCACCCCCAUCACCAUCACCACCUCCUCCCUAUGUCUACAAAUCUCCACCACCUCCAUCACCUUCACCUCCUCCACCCUAUGUGUACAAGUCCCCACCACCUCCAUCACCUUCACCUCCUCCUCCCUAUGUCUACAAGUCCCCACCACCUCCAUAUGUCUAUAAGUCUCCACCUCCACCAUCUCCUUCUCCACCACCACCAUAUGUUUAUAAGUCACCACCUCCACCAUCACCUUCCCCACCCCCACCAUAUGUCUACAAAUCCCCACCACCUCCAUCACCUUCACCUCCUCCCCCUUAUGUCUACAAGUCCCCACCACCACCAUCACCAUCACCACCACCUCCUUACUCUCCUCCUCCACCAUCUCCUUCACCACCCCCUCCCUAUGUCUACAAGUCUCCACCACCUCCAUCACCAUCUCCACCACCUCCAUAUAUGUACAAGUCUCCACCACCACCAUCACCCUCACCCCCUCCCCCAUACAUGUAUAAGUCUCCACCACCACCAUCUCCAUCACCCCCUCCUCCUUACAUCUACAAGUCCCCACCACCCCCAUCUCCUUCGCCACCUCCUCCCUAUAUGUACCAGUCCCCACCACCACCAUCACCUUCACCUCCCCCUCCUUAUGUCUACAAGUCCCCUCCUCCACCAUCUCCUUCCCCACCUCCUCCUUAUUACUACAUGUCUCCACCACCACCUUCUCCCUCGCCACCUCCUCCUCCAUAUUACUAG